AAAACAAAAUGGGCGGCCGCUGAUCGCGCGACAAAUUGUACAUUUUUCCUACUAUUUUUGUGUGUUUUAUAAUUCAUAUUCUUACUUGAGCUUUACUUUUGUAGUGCUAGUGGUGUCUCCUUCAACUUUUCUGUCAUAUAAUAUAGUUCGGUGUGCGGGAUGCGCGCGCCGGGCGAGUGCUGGUCGGUGCCGCGCUGGUCGCAGACGGUGGCCCCUCCCCCCGCCGACUACUCCAACUGCACCCCGCUGCACGCCCAGCCUGUGUUCCUGCACGACGACGCGAUCAACGACCGCCUCGCGAUAUGGCAAGGCGACAUAACAAGCUUGAGAGUGGACGCAAUUACCAACACCACGGACGAGACGCUGACAGAGAGCAAUGAAGUCAGCGACCGCAUCAUGCAAGUGGCUGGUCCGGAUCUGAAAGAGGAGAUCAUACUCCGGGCACAUGAGUGCCGCACCGGCGAGGUGGUGGUGACGCCGGGGUUCGGUCUGCAGUGCCGGCACGUCAUCCACACGGUCUGCCCGAAGUACGUGUUGAAGUACCACACCGCGGCCGAGAGCUCGCUGCACAACUGCUACAAGAACGUGCUGCACGCGGCGGGCUCGCUGGGCGCGCGCUCGCUGGCGCUGUGCGUGCUCAACACGCAGCGCCGCAACUUCCCGCCGGACGUCGCCGCGCACGUCGCGCUACGCACGAUCCGGCGCUACCUGGAGGGCAACGCGCAGCCGCAGCUGGUGGUGGUGGCGGCGGGCGCGGUGGACGCGUCGCUGCUGGGCGCGGUGGCGCCGCUGUACUUCCCGCGGUCGGCGCGCGAGCAGGACGCGGCACGCUGGCGGCUGCGGGAGGCGGGCGGCCGCGCCGGCGAGCCGCUGCACCACGACCGCCGGAUACGCAUCAUCCACAACCCGCACGAGCACCCGCACCGCGACGCCGAGGACGACGCGUCGCUGUACGAUGAGGACGCGGCGGCCGAAGCAGCGGCAGCUUUCGCCCGGGCCUGCGCGCCGGACACCCAGCGUCUGCUGGCGCCACCCACCAGGCAGUACGUGGACCGGCGGCUGCUCGACGACCAUGACCAAUAUGAAAGACUGCUGCGGCGUGCCAAGUCCGAAGACCUGAGCGAGGUAUCUGGGAUCGGAUGUCUGUAUCAGAGCGGCGUGGAUCGACUGGGUCGGCCCGUGGUCGUCUUCAUCGGGAAAUGGUUCCCCAUUGGGGACAUAGACUUGGAAAAGGCACUCCUGUACCUGAUCAAACUCCUGGAUCCGAUCGUGCGCGGCGACUACGUGAUCGCGUACUUCCACACGCUGGCCUCGUCGGCGAACCAUCCUCCCUUCUCGUGGCUCAAGGAGGUGUACACGGUGCUGCCUUACAAAUACAAGAAGAAUCUGAAAGCUUUCUACAUUGUUCAUCCUACGUUCUGGACUAAGAUGAUGACGUGGUGGUUCACGACGUUCAUGGCGCCGGCGAUAAAGGCCAAGGUCCACAGUCUGCCCGGCGUCGAGUACCUGUACUCCGUUAUGCCGCGCGACCAGCUCGAGGUGCCGGCCUUCGUCACGGAGUACGACAUGACGAUAAACGGUCUCCACUAUUUCCAGCCGGACACGACUAGUACGUAAGAUGUCCGCUCUCGUCCCGCCCUCGUCCCGCUCGCUUCACACGCGCCUUUCGUUGUUAUAGCUCAUAGUAAUGGCCUUACGGUGCUGUCAACUAAGAACACAUUUAUUUCAAUAACAUAUGAAUAUCAGCUACGUAACAAUAUCACUCGAUAUACGCCAUAUUCCACGUACCUAGUAUUUUGUACUUAGUAAAUUUUCGAACGUUGACAACACCGAGACCGCGUCGUAUCGAUCUGUCAGUGUCAAAGUCUGGUCUGUAAUGGAACAGGCUGGUCGGUAUGUGUCUCGUAUUGAAAGGCCGCUGUUAUAAGUUUUAUUGUGGAAAUUUUAACGUUAAUUAAAUGUAAGUAAACAGGGAAUUAAAUUGUUAUACUUCUCUAACGUACGUAACUUGGAUCACGAGUUACGGUGAGUGACAAAUUAAAGUCUGCCGU